AACUGUUCUUUGUAUUUCAGAUGGUCCAGUGUCACAUCUAUAAUUCAGCAGUAGACUGGUGGGCUUUUGGGAUUGUCUUGUGCAAAAUGGCCACCGGAAGAUCACCUUUUUAUGAAGGCCGUAAAGCAGAGAAAUGCAUCCAUUUUAUCCUCAAUUGCCAGCCCAGCUAUUCAGAACAGCUCAGUACAGAACUGCAAGAUCUUCUGGAAAAGCUCCUAAAGAAGAAGCCAUACCAGCGGCUUGGGUUCAAGGGGGAUAUAAGGAGACACCCCUUUUUCAAAUCCAUUAACUGGAUCGAAGCAGAAAGUCAAAAGCUUAAACCACCUUUCCAGCCAGAACCUGUAAGUAUAUGACUGAAAUAUUGUGAAACCAUGGAUUCGAAGCUACACUCUUUAGUUUAUCUAACAGUUCAGCACACUAGAUAUCCAGCAAUAUGUCUGUCUUUAUGCACCUAUAUAACAGGAAGAGCUCUAGACGUGAACUACCUAUUGUACCUUUUGUAUGAUAAAGACUACAAACACAGUUUACUAUUUUGGACCUA